CUUGCUAUCUUUUAUUAUAAAAGCAAGGUCCUUAAUGCUUUGCCUUCACAGUUCACACAACAACUUGCACAUGGCUUCUCCCUUGGCUUCCUCCUUCCCCCUUGGAAGCACCAGCAUGGUGUCUGCCACCACGACCAUUCGCACCCCCUCUUUCUCUCCCUGUUUUCCUAGAAAUACACAAGUUUCUAAAGUCGGAAAGCAAUACCACCAUCUUACUACUAGAGUGGCAUGCAGAGCUACAAAUGGUGACCAACACAAUAUUAAUAAUGGACAAAAUCCUCAAGGGAAGUUCGAUAGAAGAGAUGUACUCCUCGGCCUCGGAGGCAUGUAUGGUGCUGCCAAUCUCUGCAAUGACCCGUUUGCGUUGGCAGAUCCGAUAUCCGCGCCGGACUUGACAAAGUGUAGCGAGGCAGACCUUCCAGAAGGCGCACUACCAGUCAAUUGCUGCCCACCGGCAUCCAAGAAGAUCAAAGACUUUGUUUUACCUAGCCAAAACUCUCCCUUACGUGUUAGGCCUGCCGCUCAUUUGGUUGAUAAGGAUUACAUAGCCAAAUAUAACAAAGCCAUUGAGCUCAUGAAGUCCCUCCCAGCUGAUGACCCGCGUAGUUUCACCCAACAAGCUAAUGUCCACUGCGCCUACUGCGACGGGGCUUACACACAAGUCGGUUUUCCAGACUUGGACCUCCAAGUUCACGAUUGUUGGCUCUUCUUUCCAUUCCAUCGCUACUACGUGUACUUCUACGAGAAAAUAUUGGGCAAGUUGAUUGGCGAUCCCACCUUUGCCUUGCCAUUCUGGAACUGGGACUCCCCUCCUGGCAUGCAAUUGCCAUCCUUGUAUGCUAUCUCCAACUCAGCACUCUAUGACGCUCUGCGCAACGCCAACCACCAGCCACCGACCCUACUUGAUCUUGACUACAGCGGUACCGACGAGUCAUCGACAAAAACAGAUCAAUUCUCUAGCAACCUCAAAAUCAUGUACCGGCAGAUGGUCGGCGCCAAGAACCCUACGCUAUUUUUCGGCAGCCCUUAUCGGGCUGGGGAUGAUCCUGACCCAGGUGCUGGCUCAAUCGAGACCACUCCCCACAAUAAUGUCCACCUAUGGACCGGUGACGACACCCAACCUAAUAUCGAGGACAUGGGGAACUUCUACUCGGCCGGUAGAGAUCCAAUCUUUUUCGCUCACCAUUCCAAUGUGGACCGAAUGUGGACCAUAUGGAAAACAUUAGGAGGGAAACGAAAAGAUAUCACAGACCCAGAUUGGUUGAACUCCACAUUUUUCUUCUAUGAUGAAAAUGCAGAUCCUGUUCGUGUUAAGGUUAAGGACUGCCUUGAUAACACUAAGCUGAGAUAUGUUUAUCAAGAUGUGGAGAUUCCAUGGGCAAAGACCAAGCCGACACCUCGUAAAUCUAAGGUUAAGAAAGUGGCGAAAGUCUUUCCAGUCGGACAUGGUGGUGUAGCACAAGCGGCUGAAACACCGAGCGUUAAGUUUCCGAUUGUUUUGGACAAGGUGAUAAGUACUGUUGUCGCUAGGCCCAAGAAAUCGAGGAGCAAGAAAGAAAAGGACGAGGAGGAAGAAGUUUUAGUGAUUGAGGGCAUUGAGGUUGAGAGAGAUAUUCCAGUGAAGUUUGAUGUUUUUAUCAACGACGAGGAUGACGCACCAACCGGGCCUGGAAACACGGAGUUCGCAGGAAGCUUUGUCAGCGUGCCGCAGCAGAAGCAGGGGAAGAAGAAGAAAACUUACCUGAGGAUAGGAAUCUCUGACUUGUUGGAAGACUUGGGAGCUGAAGAUGAUGACAGCGUGGUGGUGACUUUGGUACCCCGGUUCGGGAAAGGGCAGGCCACCAUUGGUGGGAUCAAGAUCGUGCUUAUUGGUUGAACUCAAUUAGAAAUUGUUUGCGGUGGUCCUUGCAUUAUUGGUCAAUAUUAUGGGAAAAUUACUUAAAUAAUUUAAUGUUUGGGUCGAACCUUUUCAUAUUU